AUGUGCAUGCAAGCUGCUAGCCGAGAGCGCCAACAUCAAACGUGGGUGUUCGCGUGGGAUCUAAGUGCAUUAUGGGAGAUUAAUGUUCGGCAUCUGCAGUUCAGGCGUGGUUGGAGAUCUGUGGAAACGGCUCCCAUCAAAGGGCGACGCCAGUCUGUUGAUGAGGACACCGUCCAUCAAGUGGAGACUGUCAUUUUGGAAGUUAUCUGUUCCCAGGAGGAACAUCACGUUCAGGAGAGGGGAGAACCAAAGUCCAUUCGUGAGCGCCAUGGCCAGAUACAGUGUGAUGAAGGUAAGAUGGAAGCCAGUGGUGGAAACAGUGCGGUUGUGCCUUUGGAAACAGGGCUUUCGAUUUUUGCCUUGAUGCUGAUCGCAACCGCAGCGGGACUGCCCCAAGAAGUCAGCGUGGGGCCUUCAGCGCCAGCCCAAGAAACGGCGCCCAAGGCCAGCCCCGGGUCGCCGCUCCCUCUCGCGCGGCCGCAGAACCACUUCUACCCCGGUGCUGACACGCUGAACAACCCCCACAUGCCUUACCCUCUGUCCUUCCGCCUGACGAACGGUAUCGGAAAUGCCCUCCAGGCCACUGAGUUUCACCUCGGCGGUGUUCCUCUGCCCAUGAAUCAGCACCCUAUGGGCUCGUCCGCCUCUCUUGGCUCUGCUGCCCAGGCUCCGUUCGCUCCGGCAGGGCAUAUGUUUGCUCAGUCUGCCCCUGCUUCCCAUGGUCACUUAGCUAAAGCUCCAGCUGCCCCUGUCCCCCUCGCGGCAGCCGCCCCUACCCCCCUCGCGCCAGCUGCCCCUGCCCCCCUCGCCCCAGCUGCCCCUGCCCCCCUCGCCCCAGCCGCCCCUGCCCCCCUCGCCCCAGCCGCCCCUGCCCCCCUCGCGCCAGCUAGCCUAGACCUCUAUACUCCGACCCUCCAGCCAUCGCUCGCCCCCACGGCAGCCUCUCCCAUCAGCGUCCCCAAAGCGAACGCCCUCACCAAGAACGCGCCCCCGUCCUCCACAGCGCCGAUGAUGGUCCUGAACCUCCAAGAAUUUACGAACAAGCCAGGAGCGACGAGCGGCACCUCCCCUGACCUGCCUUUUAUUGUGAUCGUCCCCAAGAACUUCGCUCUGCAAAAUCCUGCACCAAAGGCAACGUCACCCGCAAUCCGCCCGCAAAGAUCCGUCCCUCACUCGUCCGCCUAUCACACUGAUGCAGGUUACGCGUCGGUACUGCAGCAGAUCCUAGCAGCUAUAAGCCAAGCGGUCCCUCACAACUCUCAAAGAAGAUACGUGUAUGCUGCGGCCUCCCAGUGA